GUGCCGUUAACUCGCCUCGACGUGGCAAAAGAGAAAAAAAACACAUUACGGCAGGAACCGUCAGCCUACUACCGCACUGUGAUCUCUUCCUUCUCAAAGGACCUGGAAUCGGCUCCAGACUCCCUCUGACUUCCCGAAGAGCUGACAAAGGGCCACCCAUGCCCUGCUAGUUUUUUUUGUUUCAAAAUAAAUAGCAGGUUCUCGGGCCUGCCUCGGUCAUGAUCUAGGCAGACUCGUGCCUUUGUGCGUGUGUAUUGCGUGUACCAACAAGCAAUACCUUUUCCCCCCUUGGGUCGUGCCCACUACCGCCAUCUACCAAGGGACCAAGAGCCGCGGUGGUAGGCGGAAUUCCCUUUUUUGUCUUGGAAAAGCAAUGGAUGGUCCGAACCGCCCGUAUCCUCCACGUGCUGGGAAUGUUUCCUCGGACUAUCCAGAAGACGACCUUCUGGGAGCCCGGGAAUGGGUCUCAUCUGACUACCCACGCGCUUCUUUCAGCCGGGAGCCUGCUCUUGACUCUGUUUCAACUGCUGAAGACCCCGCCGCCGCCGCCGCAUCCUCUCAUAUCACUACCGCAGAGCGCUCGCAGAACUUCAAAGUGGCCAUCCCCCGAACCAGCAACCCAACCAACUGGACCAGCAGCGGGCGUGUCAGUCGGGCUUGUGAAAACUGCCGUGACCAGAAGGCAAAAUGCUCCGGUCACCGACCGACAUGCCAACGGUGCCAGGAGGCUGGUAUUCGCUGCUCCUAUGGCGAUCGCAAACGGGAGAGGACAGCCAAGAAGCUCAAUGAUUUGGGAAAACAAGUCCUCACCUAUGAGGCUCUCCUCCGAAGCCUCUACCCAAAACUGGACGCUCAGUCGGCCCAGUUUGUGGACAAAGUCAUUUCCAAAAACAGGCAGAAAAACGACCAGUCCUCCCAGCCUGGAGACACAGCAGCAUCAGCAUCCGCGUCCGCUUCCACCGUCCCAGAUUUCGAGGCGAUCAACCCGAGGCAAAGCCCCGACCCUACCGACACUCAGAUGGCCUUCCCCCUGGGCACUAUCGACUACACUGAAGAAGAUUUCAACCGUGACGAGCGCGUCCAGGCUAUGGGGUUCGUGGGCGAGCACUCGGAAAUGGCCUGGAUCUAUCGGUUGAAACGCGAACUCGAACAGGACUCGUCGUCGACUGCUGCGAAUCUCGCCCCGAGUCCGUCCUGGGAGAACUGGGACCGCCUCUCCGUCUCCUCUGUGAGCUACUUCUUGGAUGAUACUGAGUUUCCCUUGGUCGACACGGCCGAUCCGACGGACCGGCCAUCCCAGGCCAUCGCCGAUCAGCUUGUGGACUGCUACUUCCAGCAUGUACAUGCCACCUUCCCCAUCAUCGGCAAGGUCCUUUUCAUGGGUCAGUAUAGAUCCUUCUACUCGAAUCCCUUUCUCCGUCCCGGCAAACGGUGGCUAGCCGUCCUGAAUCUAGUGUUUGCGAUCGCUGCGCGGUACUUUCACCUGGUUCAGGAACACCUAGACGAAGACCUUGAAGACCACAUGUUGUAUUUUUCUCGAGCGUGGAAUCUUAGCACGAGCGAGAUUACCCUUCUAGACCACCCGAAUCUACAACAAGUCCAAGUCGAAGGACUCACCUCCUUCUAUCUGCUGACCACCGGUCAGAUCAAUCGGGCCUGGCGAUUCUGUGGUCUUUCCUCGCGGUCGGCGGUCGCCCUGGGGUUGAACCUACGGAGUGAAAGCAAUGCCAUCAUCCAUGUCUCGAAAGAAACCAGAUACCGCGUCUGGUGGUCCUUGUAUGCGCUAGACACGAUGCUUUGCAUCAUGACCGGCCGUCCAACGAACACCGGCGGCGAUUUCUGUACCACACCCCUUCCCGUCCCUUUUGUCGAGGAAGACUUCUGGGAUGAGCGGGUGGCACAGCUGAUUACAGACUACGAAGCUAGAAACUCAUUGCAUGUUUCAUCGUUUCCUAAGAUCUCAAGUGUUACAGAGUCGACUGUCUUCAACCCUCCAUCGAGCUCGAUGGUGAGUUUGGGGGGAAGCGGCAAAGGGAAGCAGAGGGAGCAGGUUGCGUCGAAGGUCGCCGAACAUCUUGCUCCCAACCCCUCGCUCUAUUUUCUCCUCCUGAUCGAUCUGACGCACGUCACCCGCGAGGCCAUCAACAUGCUCUACGCGCCCGGUGCCGCUCCACGACAGCUGACGGACAUCGAGGCCAUCAUUGCGAACCUCGAUAGGAACGCGGAUGCCUGGUUCGCAUAUUUGCCCGCCAGCUUCCGAUUCACUGAGGCACCAGAGCUCCAACAGUUUCCCCGACUGGCCCUCGACCUGGCCUUCCGCUUCUACAGCACUAAGAUUCUUCUUUCACAGCCUUGCCUGCGCCUGGUGACCCGCCAAACCACGGGAGCCAGCACCCCAAGCGAGUUCUGUAGCCAGAUCGCCACGCAGUGUGUGGAUUCGGCUUGCCGUAUGCUCGAUUUGCUCCCGGAACAACCCGACGCGAGCUGGCUCUAUCGCCACGGCCCCUGGUGGUCCGUCCCGCACUACCUUACGCAGUCUGCCAGCAUUCUCCUAGGCCAGAUGUUUUCGCGUACGCAAGCCAAUGUGGACAAGCCAGAUAAGGUGCUCGAGGCAUUUUCCAAGGCCAUCAAAUGGCUUCGGGAGAUGUCCGCCCGUGACCCAUGCUCCCAUCGAGCAUGUACUGUGUGCAUCGAGAUUUUUACCAACUACGCUUCGCGGUUUGGGGUCACAGCCGAAGGCAUAGCAUGAAUGAAGUACCGCCCCGG